AUGAAGACUCUCGCCCUCGUCGCGGCUCUGCUGCCAGGCCUGCAUCUGGGUCUCGCGGCGCCUCUCGACACGAGGUCAGACGACAUGGCCCCGGCCGUCAAGCCGGCGGCGACAUAUGCCGAGUGCCAGCGCAAGACGUGCCAUCCCCUCGACGGAUGCCCGCCGAACACCAUCUUCGUCAGCCAAAAGUCCAAGCGCGCCCACUUCAGCUCGAUCCAGGCCGCCAUCAACUCGCUGCCCGACACGGACGUGCCGGCCGUCAUCCUCAUCGCCCCCGGCAACUACACCGAGCAGCUCAACGUCACCCGCCAUGGCGCCCUGACGCUGCUCGGCAUGUCCGACCGCCCCCACGAGGGCCGCCUCUACGCCGACCUCGCCACCGACCUCUCGUCACCGGCGCCGGAGAACGAGGUCCAGGUCUGGCACAACGCCGCCAACUACCAGGCCCGCUUCCCCGAUAACGCCUUCACCAGCGUCUUGAGCGUCGGCCCCACCCUCAACGCCACCCUCACCGGCGCCGGCCCGACGGGCUUCGCCGUGCCCGAAGGCACGCCGUUCGGCAACGUCGACUUCCGCGCCUACAACAUUGACUUUCGCAACGACGAGUUCCCCCGCGCCAACGGCCCUGCCCAUGCCGUCGGCGUGAGCCGUGCCAAUGCCGGCUUCUACUCGUGCGGCCUCUACAGCUACCAGGACACGCUCUACGUCGGCAAGCUCGGAAACGCCUACUUCCACGACAACGUCAUCGCCGGCCAGACCGACUUCCUCUACGGCUUCGGCACCGCCUGGGUCGCCCACUCGACGCUGUCGCUGCGCAACUGCGGCGGCGGCAUCACCGCCUGGAAGGGCACCAACACGACCUUCCCCAACAAGUACGGCGUCUACGUCGCCGACGACAGCCGGGUCCUCGCCGCCAACGCCUCCAUCGCCCCGGCCCUCGCCGGCCGCUGCCCGCUCGGCCGCCCCUGGAACGCCCAGCACCGCUCCGUCUUCAGCGACACCUACCUCGACCCCAGCGUCCUGCCCGCCGGCUACAUCCGCUGGGGCGCCACCGACCCGCGCGUCUCCGACCUCACCUUCAUGGCCGUGCACGAGGACCGCGGGCCUGGCUGGAACGCCACGGCCCUGGCGGCGAAGGGCAGCGUCACGCGCGUGCUGGACGACGCUGCGUUUGCGCCGUAUAGGAGGCCUGUUGACGUCUUCCUGACCGAGCACGGCGUGCCUGGGAACAUUGCCUGGAUCGAUCAGAGUGUCUUGACGUGA